UGCAGUGCUUUUGUUCAUAAUAAGACCUGAUCUCUGGAGAAUAUAUUUCAGCAUAUCCAUUGGUAAUAAUCAACUUUUUGGAUGGUCCAAAGCAUAACUCUGAACAGAGAAAUGUUGGGCAAGGGGCUAGCAACCCCAUCCCACAAAAACACCAACUGAAGCUCUAAAGACCUUAGCCCUGGGAGAGGAAGAACACACCAAGAAGAUGGGUUACGUCUGAAAACAACAUGAAAGACUGUCUAGGACAGAGGACUCUGGUGAGCUACUGUCAGUGGCCUAUGCCCAGUAGAAGUGAUACAGGCUUAUGCAGUUGCUCAUUUGAUGAAAACUACAGCAACUGUGGAUACAUCUUGGCCCUUGGGAGCACUGGAUUCACCUGGGAGCAAAUUAACACAUGGGAAAAACCAUCCAUAGACCCGGCGGUGCCAACAGGGACCUUUAUGCUGGUUAACAGCUCUGGACGAGUAUCAGGACAGAAGGCUCAUCUGAUGUUGCCCAUACUAAAAGAGAAUGACACACACUGCAUUGACUUUCACUAUUUUCUGUCAAGCAAAGAUCGAUCCAGUCCAGGAGCCUUGAAUGUCUAUGUGAAAGUUAAUGGAGGACCUCAAGGAAACCCUGUCUGGAAUGUGUCUGGUAUAGUUACUGAAGGAUGGAUUAAGACAGAGCUGGCUAUCAGUACAUUUUGGCCAAACUUCUAUCAGGUUAUAUUUGAAUCUGUUGCUUCGAAAGGCCACCCUGGAUACAUUGCCAUCGAUGAAGUUAGAGUACUUGCUCAUCCUUGCAGGAAGGCUCCUCAUUUUCUCCGUCUUCAGAACGUGGAAGUGAAUGCAGGGCAAAAUGCAACAUUUCAAUGCAUUGCCGGCGGGAAGUGGUCCCAGCAUGACAAGUUAUGGCUGCAGCAAUGGAAUGGAAAAGAUACAGCUUUGAUGGUUACCAGGGUGGUUAACCAUAGACGCUUCUCUGCCACUGUCAGUGUGGCAGAUACAUCUCAGAAGACUACAAGUAAAUACAGAUGCGUGAUUCGAUCAGAAGGAGGCUCAGGGGUGUCAAAUUAUGCAGAAUUAAUUGUGAAAGAACCUCCGACACCUAUCGCCCCACCCGAGCUUUUGGCAGUUGGUGCAACGUACCUGUGGAUUAAACCAAAUGCAAAUUCGAUCAUCGGAGAUGGCCCCAUCAUCCUGAAGGAAGUGGAGUAUCGCACAACCUCAGGAAAUUGGGCAGAGACGCAUAUCGUGGACUCCCCCACCUACAAGCUGUGGCAUCUUGACCCAGAUGUGGAAUAUGAAAUCAGAGUUCUGCUCACACGACCUGGAGAUGGAGGGACCGGCCCUCCAGGUCCUCCUCUGACAACGCGGACCAAAUGUGCAGAUCCUGUCCAUGGACCUCAGAGUGUGGAAGUUGUGGAUGUCCGAUCUCGUCAGUUAACUAUUCAUUGGGAACCAUUUGGUUAUGCAGUCACUCGUUGCCAUAGCUACAACUUGACAGUUCAGUACCAGUAUGUGCUUGGUCAUCGGGAAUAUACAGCAGAAGAACUGAUGCAAACAUCAUCCCACUAUACAUUGCGGGGACUGCAUCCAUACACCACAGUGAAACUUCGACUGGUAUUGGUAAACCCAGAAGGAAGGAAAGAUAGUGAUGAAAUUGUUAUACAAACAGAAGAGGAUGUACCAGGUCUAGUGCCCUUGGAAUCAAUUCAAGGAGGCCCAUUUGAAGAGAAGAUAUAUCUACAGUGGAAACCACCAAAUGAAACCAAUGGAAUAAUUACUCUCUAUGAGAUAACCUAUAAGGCUGCUGGGUCCUUUGACCCUAACGUCGAGCUUUCCAACCAAAGAGGGAGAGUGUUCAAACAGCGGAAUGAGACCCAUCACCUGUUUGUAGGGCUUUAUCCAGGCACAACGUACUCUUUCACAAUAAGAGCCAGCACUGUAAAAGGUUUUGGACUGCCAGUCACCACUCGUAUUACGACAAAAAUAUCAGCUCCUUCCAUGCCACUGUAUGACACUGACAGCCCUCUGAAUGAGACGGACACGACAAUCACAGUCCUAUUGAAGCCAGCUCAAUCGAGAGGAGCUCCAAUCAGCGCUUAUCAACUGGUUGUUAAAGAAGAACACUUCCAAAAAGCCAGGAGAGCUGCAGGUAUUAUCGAGUGCUUUCCUGUCCCACUCAGCUACAAGAAUGCUUCCAUACUUGAUUCACUUCAUUAUACUGCUGCGGAGCUGAAGCCUGGGAACCUUCCAAUGACUCAGCCAUUCACUGUUGGAGAUAACAGAACAUACAAUGGCUAUUGGAACCCACCACUUUCCUCAGUGAAAAGCUACAGCAUUUACUUUCAAGCACUCAGCAAAGCUAAUGGGGAGACUAAAAUCAGCUGUUUAAGACUGGCAACAAAAGGUGCUUCAACACAGAACUCCAAUACAGUGGAGCCAGAAAAGCAAGUUGAUAACACAGUGAAAAUGGCUGGAGUUAUUGCAGGAAUUUUAAUGUUUAUUAUCAUCAUGCUGGGAGUCAUGCUAAUAGUUAAAAAACGGAGGAGUGCUUAUUCCUACUCAUAUUACCUGAAACUGGCAAAGAAACAAAAGGAGACCCAGAGUGGUACCCAGCGGGAAAUGGAGCCUGUGGUAACAGCAACAGACAAGGGGUGUAACAAGCAUGAGAGAGAUGAAACACUAUCAGCAGAACAAGUCACACCCAGUGCAGUAUUAGGCAGCAACCAUGACGAUAUGAGCCAGACUACUAGGGUUGUUCAAACUCAUUCCUAUAGGAAUUGUGAACCUGUUGAAAUGUCAUAUCAAUCUGGACAACUUCAGCCUGCUAUCCGAGUAGCAGACUUACUGCAGCACAUCACACAGAUGAAAUGUGGCAAGGGCUAUGGCUUUAAAGAAGAGUAUGAGAGUUUGCCAGAAGGACAGUCAGCAGCUUGGGACACAGCCAAGAAAGAGGAAAACCGUUCUAAGAACAGAUAUGGGAACAUCAUUGCUUAUGAUCAUUCUCGUGUACGACUUCAGCUACUCGAUGGAGACCCACACUCAGAUUAUAUAAAUGCCAAUUACAUUGACGGUUAUCAUAGGCCACGUCACUACACAGCCACUCAAGGUCCAAUGCAGGAAACAGUUAAAGAUUUCUGGAGAAUGAUAUGGCAGGAAAAUUCAUCCAGUAUCGUCAUGGUAACUAAUCUGGUCGAAGUGGGAAGGGUGAAAUGUUGCAGGUAUUGGCCGGAUGAUACUGAGCUCUAUGGUGAUAUUAAAGUGACGCUGGUCGAGUCUGAACCCCUGGCGGAGUAUGUUAUUCGUACUUUCACAGUUCAGAAGAAAGGCAAUCACGAAAUUCGGGAGAUUAGACAGUUCCACUUCACAAGUUGGCCUGAUCAUGGAGUACCAUGCUAUGCAACCGGUUUACUGGGAUUUGUUAGACAAGUAAAGUUCCUAAACCCAACUGAUGUUGGCCCUAUUAUAGUACACUGCAGUGCGGGUGCAGGAAGGACAGGAUGUUUCAUUGCUAUCGACAUCAUGCUUGAUAUGGCAGAAAGUGAAGGUGUGGUGGAUGUUUACAACUGUGUCAGAGAGCUCCGUUCACAGAGGGUCAACAUGGUGCAGACCGAGGAACAAUACGUCUUUGUUCAUGAUGCAAUUUUAGAGGCCUGCUUAUGUGGAAACACAACGAUACCAGUUUGUGAAUUCAGAGCUACGUUUUACAACAUCAGCAAAGUGGAUCCACAAACAAACUCCAGCCAGAUCAAAGAUGAGUUUCAGACACUGAAUAUUGUAACUCCUCGCGUUCGACCUGAGGAUUGCAGCGUUGGACUCCUCCCACGCAAUCAUGACAAGAACCGGAACAUGGAUGUGCUCCCUCCGGACAGGUGUCUUCCAUUCCUCAUUUCUGUAGAUGGUGAAACAAACAACUAUAUAAAUGCUGCACUUAUGGAUAGCCACAAAAGGCCUGCGGCAUUUAUUGUCACACAGCACCCUUUACCGAAUACUGUGACAGACUUCUGGAGAUUAGUGUUUGAUUACCAUUGCUCAGCAAUAGUCAUGUUAAAUGAGCUUGAUACUGCACAGCUCUGUAUUCAGUACUGGCCAGAGAAAAGUCUGUGUUGCUAUGGUCCUAUUCAAGUAGAAUUCAUCUCAGCAGACUUUGAAGAGGAUAUCAUUGUCCGGGUCUUUCGAAUCUACAAUAUGGCACGACCUCAGGAUGGAUAUCGCAUUGUACAGCAGUUCCAGUUUAUUGGAUGGCCUUCAUAUCGAGAUAUCCCAUUAUCAAAGCGUUCUUUUUUGAAACUGAUCAAGCGUUUGGAGAAAUGGCAAGAAGAAUAUGAUGGAGGUGAUGGUCGUACUGUGGUGCACUGUUUUAAUGGCGGUGGUCGCAGUGGUACACUUUGUGUAGUUCGCAGUAUCUGUGAGAUGAUUCAUCAACAAAAUAUAAUAGAUGUUUUUCACACAGUCAAAACGCUACGAAACAACAAAUCCAACAUGGUAGACACACUGGAGCAAUACAAAUUCUGCUAUGACGUGGCACUGGAAUAUUUGAAUUCAUUUUGAACUUCAAUCAUGAGAAGAAUUGCUGUGGUAAUGCAGUGACAUUUUUUGUCAAAGAAACAGUUUCUGACUUAUGUAAAAGAAAAGUUUGCAUCUAGAAGACCCUUGUACAGAUUUUUGCUUUCAUACAUCUUGGUAAAUCCAGGAAAGAAAGCAAGCAGAAAUCCAGUGCCAAUCGCAGCCAGUAUCUACAAGAAAUACCUGGACUAGCUGAAGGACUUAUUGGACUAACCCGUAUUUUAUGGGAGUUCUGCUUUUGCUAGAAGUUAAUUGAUGUAAUUGGUCGGGAUAGAGAUUUUGCCAGCCGUUCAUUUUGUUGAUUGUCCUUGUAUAUUACAUUCCAUGGUGUUAAAAUUGUUUAAAUGAAAGUAUUAGUAAAUGCUAACUAUGAUCUAUUAGCUUAGUUUUAUUUAGCAUUUUCUAAUAAUUGGUAUCAGAAUUGCUAAGUGAAACCGAGCAAUAAUAUUCCUGUUAGACGUUGUUCAGCCACCAUGCAGAACUGUACAGUUUGGGCUCACCAAUUAUUUUGUGAGAAUAAGGCUUUGAAAUGUCAAUCUAACCUUCAAGCAACUUUCAACUACUCUUCAGGCAGCUGACCUUUAAACAAAGUAAGCCUUCUUUUUUAUUCCAUAUAGCUAAUACAGUUGAAAGUAUACCAUUCACUGUAAUCUUGUUCAGAGGAAUUUAUAAGUUUAGUAGUUCUUCUUGACGCAGUUUAAGGAGCUGAGUCCUUACAAUAAAUGAGAAUGGGUGCAUGUGAGUGCAGGUGAUUUAUGUACAAAAUUAAAAGCUAUAUUGUAUGAAAACAAAAUUGGAAAUUAAAAAGCAGGGACUAUUAAAAUGCAUAACUCCUAAAGGGAGAAUGGAUUGACUUCUCUGAUGUGAUCCUUAAUCAGGAUUUUGAGUUCUAUUUUAAUCAAAAGUGUGCAGCAAUUACUUUUAAUUUUUGUUAAUUGAACUCUAUGCAUUUCUAGCCAUAUUCAAAGUUUAUUUCAAUUGGAAUGGAUUCAUCCAGGGCACUGUUUUCACUUCUCUGAUAAAUACAUUACCAUUAAUUUGUCUGCUAUUCUAACAGCAUCAUCAAUCUGCCACGUAAUAAACAGGUUAGAUCUUCAGCAUUUUAAUGGCCUGGAUGAAAAUUUAACAGCAAGAGAUUAAUCAGUGCUUUAAUAAUAAUGUAGAGAAGAUUAAGCAUCUGCGUGUUUCAUGCAUGUUCUCUUUAAUUGAUGCAGUCAUUAGUAAGAUGCACUGUGUUCAGAAGACUGCAGUACCUGAGAGCCUUGUAAAAGUGAUUUACCGUAUUUUGGGUGUGAUUUAGUCAAAUUCAUGAAACGCAUUAAUACUGGCAGAAAGCAAAAUUGUAGUAUAAACUAAGUAUAUCUCUUGUCAGUUUUAACUGAGCUCUUGUCAAAGCAUCAUUCUUAUACUAAACUUUAUAAACUGUUAAUCAACUUGCAAUUCUUGUAGAUAAUAUGAACUCCAUAAAUACACACAGUAUUUAUAAGAGAAAUAAAAAAAUGAGUUAUACUACGUCCUUGAACUUUACGAGGACGUUAAGUUUCUACCUCCUAUCAGAUUGUUUGGUUGCCAUUCUUCAAUGACUGAAGAAUAUAUAUAAAACACUUCGUUUUGUCUGGUAUUUUUCUUUCAAUUUUAUUUUAUAUUACAUAAGUUACAAAUCAUAUAUACAUUUCUGUUGAGCGUUAAAAUAUUUUGACUUCCUUUGGCUUUAUCUAAAGAAAGUACAUGAUAUUGCAGAAAUCUUCAAAUAUCAGUUCCAAGUGUAUGAAGUGUUUGUUGCUCCAUCGGGCACAAUAGGCCUCAUCGCCAUGCACAGCCUUGAAAUGUUUGCUUUAAACUCCAAGUUCAGCCCUGUAUUGCAAUGUUAAACCUUUGCAAAGUUUGUGGCACGAUUGAUCUAUGGUUACAUUAAAUCUGAGCAUCUAGUUGGCUGGUUGAAGUUAGUAAUUGCUUGUAUGAGCCUUGACAUUGAAGAAUGAGCUGCAAAUCAUGUAAUUUGAUUGAAAACGAUCAAAGCAAUAUUUCUGGAUAUAACUCAUGAAAGACGCAAAAAAUAAAAACGGGGCUUUACAGUAAAAAAAAACUAUUCUGAGUAGCCGACAGUUAGACACAAUUUACUACAUACCAAACCAUAAAUCGAUGACUGUUAUAAACAAUCUAUCAGGCUUUUUGCUGUAACACUGAGAUACAAUUGAACUCAAGCAUUGUAUUUUUACUAUGCUUUCUGCAGCACUAUGCCCUCCAUACCAUUUCAGCAAAAACCAUGUUAAAUUACUCACCCCCGGUCUCCCCGAUUUAAAUGCUAACUGUGUAUGAUCAGAAAAUUAAACCAAUGUACAGCAAGGAAAAUAUUCAGAUCAGUAUGUUUCUUCUCCCAUGCACACCAGUGUAUGUGGAUCCCUUUUAAGAUCAGUUUUUCUGUGUUUGGUAGUUGAAAGCAUGUUUGAAUAUCUUCAUUGUGUAAUAUUCUGUAGUAGGUUACUUUUCCAGCUUUAUAAAUUGUGGUAAAUUAUGUUAAGUCAAAUAAUAUAUGAAGUAUAUUUUUGACAGUACAUAAAGUAAUGUGACCUUUUUACAAUUACAAUGCCAUUUGAUUAAUUUAUUCUUAUAUGUUGUAAGGAAAUGUUUGUAAAAUGGGCCGUGAGCCAAACUGUAUUAUAAAAUAAAUGGAAUAUGUGAUGCAACUGUGAUAACUUCCUGUGCCAGUUUGAACACAGUAGAGACCAAACUACACAGAAUGAAAUCUUGAAGGUGAGAAACAGUUGUUGCAUUUCAACACAAUGUUUCAAAAAUUCAGACCUAUUGAUGGAAAAAGUCAAGUACUAUGUAAUUAGUGUUCAGCUUUUGGGAUUUACACUACAUCCUGCCUAGGGUAGUAAGGAAUCUUGGAUUUACAUAAUUAAGAAAAAAAAUGGUUCUUGCAGAGAAACAGGUGGUAAGAUGUAUCUUGGGGACAUGAACUAUGAUGAAGUCAAUGGCCUUCCCCAUCCACAUUUGAUUGUGAUCUAAUCGUUCUAUGGCACAUUCAGCUUCAAUAAAG